AUGUCAUUGAAUGAUGAUGAUUCAGAACUCUCCUCUGAUGAAGAGAUUAAAAUGGCAGAAAUGCAACCACCGCUGAUAGAAACCUUGAUAAACCAACCAAAAGUGGUAGCUCUCAGCAAUAAUAAAAAAGAUGAUUCAAAAGAUGCUGAUUCGUUAUCAAAUGAAGUUACCCACAACAGCAAUCAAAAAACCAGCAACUGUUCCUCUCCUUCUCAAAUGUCAGAAUCUGUUUCCUUAAAUACUGAUAGUAGCCAAGAUAUUUCUCUCUGUUCUCCAGACAAAGAAACAUGUGCUGCUGUUUUAUCCAAGAUAAGGAGAGAAGAUGAAAAUUUGAAUAAUCUUUUGCAAAAUGGAGGUGAAUUGAGCAUUAUAGUAGAAGAAAAAAUAAAUGUGCAAGAGAAGGUUACAAAUUUGUCUCAAUAUGAAUUAAGCACUGAAGAAAGAUUAGGCCUGGUAGGAAAAGAUGUUGAUCUAAGCACUCGUAUGGAGAAGUUUCACAAAUUAGACCAAAUAAAAAUGCGUAUCAAUAAACUGGUUAAUGAAGAGGCACUGCCAGUUCCUGUAGAAAAGUUAAAAACACAGGAAAUAGCAUCAGUAAAGGGCUUUUUGAAUAAUAAUAUGAAAGAAAAAAGUGAGAAUUUGGAAAAUGGAAAUCAAUAUCCUAUAAAUAAAGUUAAUGGACAUCCUGAGGAAGCAGUACAGUCUCCCAGUAAAGGUGAACUAAUGAGAAGCACUACAGUUGAUUUUGAUUCUUCUGCUGAGGUGUCUAUUUCAAGGAGCACUGAAGAUCUGUCCCCACAGAGGUAUGGACCUGUGAUGAAAUCUCAUAGCAACACCAGUAUGGACACCGGUGGACUGAAAAUCUAUGAUAUUGUCACUGACAAUGUAUUUCCACAACCAUACUCAGUGGUAAAAUCUGCAUCUGGUAGUGCAGAUGGAAAAAACAUAGUCCAAAGUAAAUCCACUACUCUUCUAUAUGAUCAACCUUUGCAAAUUUUUCCUGGGUUGUCAUUGUCAUCACCUGAUUUAAUAUCUUCUACAAAAACUGUGUUCAAGUUUGACUCAAACCACAAUCCUGAAGGUGCUAAUGUAGUGAGAGGAUCAGUGACAGGUGUUGCACAGAUGUUCUGCACUCCCCAAUAUAAUAUUCAGUACAGCAACAAUGCAACAGGAAAAGACACCUCGUGGUCCCAGAAACACAACACUCAAGUAGAACAAGCCAGCUUACCUCCUUCACGUCUGCUAAGGUCUGACAGCACAGAAACCCCCAGCUAUGUAAAGCAUUCUGCUAAUAUGAAUUUUUCCAAGCACAAUGUCCGAACCAGUUGUGGUGGUUUUACCAUUGUUGCAUAUAACACUCAUCAGUGGAUGACUGGAAGACAUAUAGAUAUGUGGGCUGUUCCACAAAAUGAUAGACUGCUCCCCAGAGCAACCAGACACACUCUUCAAAGACAGAGCACUGUAUCCUGUACAGCUUCUAUAAAUGUUGGUGAUACUGGACCUUCAAGGCAGGCCCAGGUUCCUGAAGGAGACUAUUUAACAUACAGAGAUUUGCAUUCAAUGGGAAGAGCUCCACCAAUAAUAUUUGGGCAACAGAGACCUCUUUCUGCCAGGACAUACAGCAUUGAUGGUCCAAAUGUACCUCGACUGCAGAUUGCUCAGCCAUCAGUGAAUGAAAUGCCAGAAAGAACUGUGUCAGUUAGUGACUUUAAUUGCUCAUGGACUAGCCCCUCAAAGAGAUCAAACCCAAAGGUUAACUCUGAGCACUCUUUUUUAGACCGUCCAGUAAAGUCUCAUGACUGGAGGGAAUGGGUGUUGCAACAUAUUGAGGCUAAAAAGCUAGAAAAGAUAAAAGUGAGAACUGACAAAGAUCCUGAACUUGGAUUAAGUAUAUCAGGAGGAAUUAGUGGUAGAGGGCAUCCAUUCAGACCUGAAGAUGAUGUGGUAGAGGAGCUAACAAGGAGAAGUGCUAUGCUGCACCUCGUUCUCACCAACAAGGAGGAGCUUGUGGGAAAUAUGAAGCUCAAGGGCAGCCUUGACUGCAGUGACCGUGACGUGGUGGAGUUCAAGAUCCUUGGAGUUCAAGAGAAUGAAACAAUGGAUGAGAAAGGUCAUUUAGAAAGCAAAGGAACUCCUACUCAGACUGGGGAGGAAGAAGAAGAAGAUGAAGCAGGCUACUCCGAAGUGGCUAGGCCGUCAGAGGAACAGGAAGACGGAGAGGAAGACAACAUAAAAGCAUCGAUAACUACCUGA